AUGGUUUUAAAAUCUACAACAGCAGGGAACGUGUCUGUCUACCAGGUCUCGGGUACCAACGUCUCCCGUUCACUUCCUGAUUGGAUUGCCAAAAAGCGUAAGCGUUCUUUAAAACAUGAUCUUGAAUAUCAAAAUCGUAUAGAAUUAAUUCAAGAUUUUGAAUUCUCAGAAGCAUCGAAUAAAAUCAAAGUAUCACCAGAUGGAAAUUUCGCUAUGGCAACAGGAACAUAUAAACCACAGAUUCAUGUUUACGAUUUCGCCAAUCUAUCACUUAAAUUCGAACGUCAUACCGAUUGUGAAAAUGUCGAUUUCUUAAUCCUUUCCGAUGAUUGGACAAAAUCAGUUCAUUUACAAAAUGAUAGAUCGAUUGAAUUUCAAACUAAGGGAGGUAUUCAUUAUCGUUCGAGGAUACCUAAAUUUGGUAGAUCUUUGGCAUAUAACUCCGUAAAUUGUGAUUUGUUAAUCGGAGCAUCAGGAAAUGAAUUAUAUAGAUUAAAUUUAGAUCAGGGAAGGUUUUUGAAUCCCUAUGUGUUAGAUACUUCCCAAGGGGUGAAUUCAGUGGAUAUAAACUCAGUUCAUGGUUUAAUUUCGGCUGGGUUAGAAGAUGGGACGGUUGAAUUCUGGGAUCCUAGAUCUAAACAACGUGCAGGGAAAUUGUUUGUUAAUGAUCAAUUAAAUGAAAGUAUUGGAGUCACCACAGUUUCGUUCAGAAAUGAUGGGUUAAAUUUUGCAUUAGGAACAAAUGAUGGUAAGACCUUGUUGUACGAUUUACGUACUUCCACGCCAUCGAUUAUUAAAGAUCACGGUUAUGGAUAUGAUAUUAAGAAGAUUUUAUGGUUAGAAGAUUCAAGUUCUUCCGAUAUGAUUCUUUGUUCAGAUAAGAGAAUCGCCAAGAUCUGGGAUCGUAAUACAGGUAAGCCAUUUGCAUCUAUGGAACCAACUGUUGACAUUAAUGAUAUUUGUCAUAUUCCUGGUUCUGGGAUGUUUUUCAUGGCUAAUGAAGGUAUACCGAUGCAUACAUAUUAUAUUCCUAAUUUGGGUCCAGCUCCAACAUGGUGUUCAUUCUUGGAUAAUGUUACUGAAGAAUUGGAAGAAAAACCAUCCGAUACAAUUUAUUCAAACUAUAGAUUCAUUACUCGUGAUGAAGUCAAGAAAUUGAACUUAUCUCAUCUUGUGGGAUCAAAAGUAUUACGGUCAUACAUGCAUGGUUUCUUCAUCGAUACUGAGUUAUAUGAAAAAGUUAACCUUAUUGCCAAUCCAAACUCAUUACGUGAUCAACGACAACGUGAAAUUAGGAAGAAACUUGAACAAGAACGAGAAUCAAGAAUUAGAACUACCGGUGCAGUCAAGGCUACAAAGAUUAAGGUCAAUAAAGAUUUGGCAAGUAGAUUGGAAGCUAAGGUUGGUUCAAAUGUCGCUGAAAGUGUUAUUAACGAUGAAAGAUUCAAGGAAAUGUUCGAGAAUCCUGAUUUUGCAGUUGAUGAAGAAUCUCAUGAAUAUAAACAAUUGAACCCAGUCAAGGCAACCAAAGAUAUAACGACAACUGGAAGAUCCAGAGGAUUAACUGCAGCUGAAGAAUCGGAUGAAGAAAGAUUAAAUGGUGUUGAAGAGGAAAGUGAAGAAAGUGAGGAGAGUGAAAGCGAAGAAAGCGAAGAUGAAGAAGUCAAAGAAGCUAAUCGUGCCAAGGUUGAAAAGGAAUUAGCCAGACUUCGUAAGAAGAAAGAAGAUAAUAAACGAUUCCUUAAUGAAAUGAAAGCUCUUUCUGCUGAAGGUCCAAAGCAAUCAUCUAAAGCAACUGAAACUUUUGGUUCUCAAGUUGAAAGGAUUAAUAAAGUCACUAAGAAACCAGUUGAUGAUUCCAGAUUGCGUCGUCAUGCUCGUGGUGAAGCUGAAUUAACAUUUGUUCCUAAAAAGAAGGAAAGAAAAGUCACAUUCAAGCAAGAUAAUUAUGAUGUUGAAGAUGAUGAAGAAAAACAGAACAAUCGUGGAAGAACCAAACAAAGAUUUGAAGGUCGUAGAAUUGCUUCAAAGAAUAAGUUUAGAGGUAUGUAG